UUUUUUUCUUGUCGAUUUUUUUAUCGUGUCGUCGAUGGAAUCUUUUUUCCUCUCCCGUCCGUCUUACUAUUAUGAAUUAGUUAAUUUGGUGAAAUAUUCCGGCGAAUUUCUCCGAAAAAUUUUCGUUCGUAAUAAGCGACGUUUACGAAUAUCUCCCGCCAAAUUCGGACCCACGUGGUUGUCGUCUUGUUAGUUCGGUUCGUUAUGUCUACCGGUCAGAGACGAAUCUCGGUCGAAUUUCCCGUUCGCAAGGCGAGAAAUGUUAUUAAACGUAAGUCGAAAACGUUCGACGAUGAGAAUCGUUUGAGUAAUAGUCCUUCUAAGAAGAGGAUUUCGAAUAAAACGCCGUCGGAUUACGAUUCCCGACCGUUGGAUGCGGAUAAGACGUCGAAGGAGUCGGCUUUGUCUGGCUUUCGGGAAGCUAAAAAAGCCUUACAUUCGUCCGUUCCCGUUCGUUUCUUAGAAAGGGACGUCGAGAGUCAACAGAUAUUGGAAUUCUUAAGAAAUUGCUUGGAAAAUAAACAGUCCGGCAGUUUGUAUAUAUCUGGAGCACCGGGAACGGGGAAAACCGCUUGUUUGACUCGAUUGUUUGAAAGUCGAGAGGUAAAACGUCCGUUCGAGUAUGUUUAUGUUAAUUGUAUGUCGUUCAAACAGUCGACGGCAGUUUAUCAGAAAAUCGCCAAAGAACUAGAUUACGAAGCUCGAGAUUUGUCUCAGAAAACUGUGGUUGGCUUCUUAGAAAAGAAAAUCGUUACGUCUAAUGAUAUGAUCGUUCUUGUUUUGGACGAGAUCGACCAAUUAGAUAGUAAGAAUCAAGAAGUUCUUUAUACUCUCUUCGAAUGGCCUUGUCUACGAAAUUCCAAACUCGUCUUGGUCGGAAUAGCUAACGCUUUGGAUUUGACCGACCGAGUCUUGCCGCGUCUGCACGCUUACGGAUGUAGACCGAAACUGUUGCAUUUCCGGCCGUACACUCACCAACAGAUUCUUUCCAUCUUGGAAGACAGACUGAAAGAUGUGAGUGCAAAUACCGAGAUUUUUAAACCCGCUGCUCUGCUUCUCUGCGCCCGUAAGAUUGCCGCUUCUUCGGGCGACGUUCGGAAGGCACUGGACGUGUGCAGGAGAGCGAUCGAAGUCGUCGAGGCGGAGGGCGGACGGAGAGUGUUGAAGGCUUCUUCGGAAAACGGAUGCAAUCCCGGCAGUCCCAAACGAUUAUCCGGUGUAAAUGAAUCCUGCAAGCAAGUUGACGUAAGCCAUAUCAAUAGCGUUUUUAAUGAAAUUUACGGAUCUAGGGCUGUAUUGACUUGUAUUUCAAAGGAAGGCAAUGGUAAUGGUAUUCCUCUCCAGCAAAAGAUAAUUCUCUGUACGUUAUUGCUUGUGAUUAAAAUUACCAAAACAAGAGAAGUGACCCUUGGAAAACUUUACAGUGUGUAUUCGCAAAUCUGUCGGAAGCGUCAGAUGUCUACUCUGGAUCAGAUGGAGUAUUGCAGUACAUGCUCCCUCCUCGAAUCGCAGGGACUCGUCAAUAUGAAGAAAAGUAAAGACGUGAGAUCUUCAAAAGUUUCAUUAAAAGUAAAUGAACAAGAACUGGAAUACAUCAUGCAAGAUCGCACGCUUCUGGCAUCAAUCUUAAAUGAUUCUAAUAUCAAUGUGAAAAAAUCUUAAACUUUUAUUAACAUAUUGUUUUAAAGAUACUUUUAUAGUUUAAAGGUGUUUAUAUUUUAUGAUCAUUUUCAAUUAUUCUUAAUCAAUUAAGUAAUAUAGUGUUUUAGAC